AUGAGUUUAGUAAAAAUAGAUUUUAAUAGAAAAAUUGUAAAUCCGGUUGAUAUAAUUGCCAAACUGGAGAAAUACAACACGGGACUUACUUGUGAUCUGGUGCUUAUUUCCAAUAAAAUAUGUGAACGUGGUGUUUACCAACAUGUCACCAGUGAACUUGUCGCGGAAAUCGCCGCUUCAAUGGCUGCUAACCAUCCUGACUAUAUUUCCUUGGCUACAAAGAUUGAUCAAGCUAAUGUACGUGAGAUCUGGGUCGAAAGAUCCCUUUCCCUCCCCCCCUUUGUUACAUAUGAGGUUUAUAAUACCAUCACUAAGCAUGCUAAAGAGUUGGAGGCUAAGAUUGUGCCUGAAAGGGAUGAUUACUAUGAUUAUAUUGGUUUGAAAAUCCUCGAGAGAUCUUAUCUCUUGAAGAUAAACGGAAGGGUUGUUGAAAGCCCUCAACAUAUGCUGAUGAGAGUUGCAAUCGGGAUUCAUAAGGAUGACAUUGAUUCUGUAAUCCAGACUUAUCAGAUGAUGUCAGAGGGGUGGUUUACUCAUGCUUCUCCCACACUCUUUAAUGCUGGGACACCAAAUUCCCAAUUGAGUAGCUGCAUUAUGAUAUGCAUGGUCAAUAAUAGCAUUGGAAGAACUUAUGAUAUUUUGAAGGAAUGUGCUGUUGUCAGCAAAUCAGCAGGGGGUAUUGGUGUCUCUCUUCAUAAUGUUGGAUCAACUGGUGGAACAAAUGAAGAACAACGAGCUCUGGAUUUGUCUUAUGCUCUUUGGGUACCUGAUCUGUUUAUGGAAAGAGUUCAGAGUAAUGGCAGUUGGUCUUUGGCUAAUUGUUGGGGUGAAGAUUUUGUAAAGCUCUACGAACAAUACGAAGCAGAGCCGAGGUUAACCAAAGAAAUGCAUGUGUUAGAAAUCGGGCCUUACCAAAGAAAUGAAUGA